GGGAACCAGACAAGCGUCUGGUUGACCAAGAAAAAAAUAUUGCUUUAUUUUGGAAUCCCAAACAAUAGGAAGAGCGCGAGUUUUUGGAUAUGCACUGACUGACAAUGAAAAGUCAGGAAGUUGGAGACACCUGCAUUGAAGCACCACAGGAAACAGUGAAAAGGAGUAACUGGAUGUCGAAAAGAACAAAAUCUGGUUCCCGCGGAAUGCCUGCCAGUCCAGCUAGUCCCGUCUGUAGUGAACUAUCUCCAGGACCCAGUCCCAGUGAGCCGAGUGUCGGACAUAUUGUUACCAUGGUGAACACGACAACCAGUGAUAUAGAUGAGAAUGAAAACACCAGCUUUACAGAGAUAAAGGAACGUACAUGUAGCCGACCUGCCUCCAGGAAUGGAGUUUUUAACUGCACAGCAUCGAGAGCAGAACUUGAGGACUCGUACCAGGACAUGGACAAGAUCAGACUGGUCUUGCUGUAUGCGUGGAUUAAGGAAGAGAUGUCUAAGACAGCUGCUAAGAGUGUAGCAGGGCGCCUGUACCAAAUGAACCCCAGACAGAUAGCGCAUUUGGACCUCGAGAGUAUAUGUCAUUGUUCAUGGAGACGGGACGCUGUUGAACUGCUGCUGAAAAAGGUGUUGAUGGGACCUCCGCAGAUUUAUAUGACUUUUCUGAUAUGUUUGAGGGAAGAAGAGGAAACAUGUAUAGCUGACAAACUCAGUCAGUGUGAGCCAACACAACUUCAAAUACAGGUGUUCCAUGAGCUACAGUUGUACUCACUUCGCAGGGGACCUAGGCUGAGGUAUGACCAAAGCCCAAUGCAGCUUACAGACAGCGAUGUACAAACGCUGCUCCAUUUCCUUAACACACGUAGCACCAUUGACACAUUAAAUGAUCACUUCCUCUCUAAACUUUUAUUCAGCAUCCGAGAACACAACAAUAUUGUGAACACUUCAAUGGACAGUGAAAAACGAGUAAAAGAGUUGAUAGACACUAUUAAAUUGUGUGCAGAAAAGGCAUUUGUAGAUUUUUGUGAGAUUUGUAAGCUUAUUGAGAUGGAGCAUGUUCUCAGUAAACUGGAGAAGAGAGUGCCGAGUAGUUUGGCCUGUAAACAGCGUCAGAAGAGAAAGUCUACACCAUCCACAGACACAAAACCAGAAGGCGCACAGCAAUCAUUGACAACUGCCAAACGUCAGUGUUUCAGCUCGAAAGACGAACUACGCAUGGUUUCCUCCCUACAGAGGUCAGCCAGUCAAGUACAAGAAGCUCUAGACCCUCUAGGCCUGGCGCUUGAGACAAUCAACAAGGGUUCCAUUGUACUUCAACUGCGACUAAUCAAGCCAGACUCCCUGUGGAAACUGCGGGAAAAUUGCAGGACCGGAAAGAUCAAGGACAUAAUACCGGUGGUAUACAGUAAGGAGGCAGACGUCCUACAGCAGGGGGAGUACAGACUGAAGUUCACCAUCUAUGUCCUACCAAACCCUCCCGACUCUUCAGCUGAGAAAAAAGUCAUGUUUCAUCUUGAAACAGAUAAAGAAGAUGUGAAAGCAGAUCAAGCAAGCCAUGGAAAGAAAGCCCCUCCCACAGAUCACAAUGACAACCCACUAGAAGAGCAUAUGAGCCUCCUUUGUGAAGAGCUGGAAAUUUCCAAGCCUCUACUUGACCUGUUGAAGAAGAAGAAGCUUGUUGAAGACGACAUUAAAGAGCAGAUCAAUAAAAAUAGUGGUCGCAAAAAUAAGAUAAAAUACCUCCUGAAGAAACUCAGCAGUGAUGGAAAGUUGGGGUACUCUGUGUUAAAGGAAUUUAUAAAGGAAGAGAAUGAAGACCUGUACAAGGAGUUACUUACCCGGGAAACAGUGAAUGUCAUUGACAACAAGAUGGACACGGCUGCCAAGGUAACGAAGAACCCUACCCAGGUGCCUGGGCGACACAGAAGUAUGCAUCAAAAACAAGUUUUCUUCACUGGCACAGUCGUCCUAAAGGUGAAUAAGAAAGGGGUAAAGUCCUCAAGCGGCAAGCAGGAUGCCUCCAAUGCUGAGGUAGAGAUCACCUGUCCAGAGAUUAUUGACCCAACCUGCCACUUCUCUGGUGAAGAUGUAGACUGUGGGUCAGAGGGCAUCACCAUGGUGAUAGAGGAGGAUAUGAGUCUGGUCGGCGGGGACAAACAGCCAAUGAGAGAAGUGCUGGUUGGAAAACGAAAGACUAAGAAGACUUCAGGUCAGGAUAAGAAGAGAGCUCACAGCCUGGAGGAGACGGAAUCAUCGGAAACUGAUGGGGAUGGGGAGAAAAUAGACUUGAAUGAGGAAACAGAAAAGAAACCAGAGGGUAGCCCAGACGAAGGUGACGAUUGUGAUGAGAGUGUUGAGAGCCAGUGUUCUUCAGAUAAAGCCAAAAAACACACUUAAAAUUUGAUAGUCGGCAUUCAUUUAGAUUUCAGUAGCAUUAUGGGGCACACAGCUAUAAAAGAUGAUGAUAAUUGAUAGUUGAUAUGUAAUGUACAUUUUUUACACCACCUAAAUCAUACAACUUUGUAGAUCAUUAAAGUUGAAAUGCUGAUUCAUUCACUAAAUUUGAAUCAAUGUGUGUGUGAGUGUUGUGUUUUCUUGCAUACAGAACUCUUCCAAAAACCAUUGAUUUUCAUUUUUCCUGAGUAGUAGUUUUGUGCCCCUUAUGUUAAGUCAGUUUUAGAUCUCCACAAUUUUGUGUUCCUCUCUUUUACUUGUAUUUUAUUUCAAUAGUUGUUAUCCGGAAUCUCUUCACGGGGUUUCCUAGGAAUCAAAGCAUGCGUACCCAUUAAAAUAAACUCUUCCAUAAAUAUGUUUUCACUGUUUGACUUAACAAGAUUUAAACCAUGCAGCAACUUAAAAAUACUGUGCCAGUUGAAAGUUUAACAUAUUUAUUUUAAACAAAAUAUUGAUAUCUUGCAGUCGUGAAAAUAAUAGUUGUCCAAUAUCACUGAAUAUUUUCCAUGUAAAGGAUUGAACUUUUAUUUAACAUUAACUAGUAUGGAAUGACAUGUGCCUACAUUUCUAAAAAUCAUAUAAAAAAAACAAUUCUAGGAUAAAUCUAUUUACCUCUUUUUUUCUGUGAUAAUUCAUGUUCAUGUUAUCAGCUAAUCUUCCAUUCUCCCAUAUUUAUCAUUUGUUUUAUGUUCGUUUAGCAACAUGUCAAACUAAAUAACAGGUUUCAAUAUUAGUUUGUAUUUCAUACUCAUGUUUUCUAGUACUUUGAUGUCAUAUCACUCAUAUAAUUAUGUGUUUUGAAUUUGGGGUGUUGUAAUUGAAACGUUUUGUUUAAACAUGUAUGUGAAAAAUUUACACUUAAAAUGAUUUUUUUUCUCAUAUAUUUUAUUGUAAAAACAUCUGAACAAUCUUCUUGAUCUUGAUAUCAAUGCAAUUGCUUUCUUUCAUCACUGAUUUGUUAUUUGACUUUUCUGAAGAUGUAUUUCCUAAGAGAAACACAUUUAAAAAAUGUACAAUAAUUUGUUAACUAAAUCUUUGUGUCUUUCAAAAUCUAUGUUACACCAAUAAAAUGAAAGACACAGCUAGCGAUAUGAUAAAGUUGAUUCUACAAAAAGUUGAUGAUUUUGAAGUAGAAAAUGAAUCUGUGUUGUACGUACUGCCCUGUAUAUUUGUGAUAAUUGUUUUGCUUGUUGUUUAUUCUCUUAAAGAAGUAUAUUAAUGAUAAGUUUUCAUUGUCUAGCUUUGAAUGUUGUUAGUAAUGUUUAACUCGGUGUGAAUAGUUGCUGUUUUAUGGUUUGUGAAUUCUGAAAAGUUACUUCAAGAAUUGUGUGAAAAAUGUAUUGGUGAUUUCUUGCACACUUUAAUACUGCUGAUUGUUUUAGUUUCGCGAGGGGCAUUUUUUAUGCUAUGCUUUUUUUUCUCAAUUACACAAGAUUUUAAAAUUCAAAACACCAUUAUUUAAUCAUUGGAAACAAACUAUUAAAUGUUACAUACUUUGCUUGGAUUAAAAUUAGGGACCAAUGCAUGAAAAUUCAUGGAAAUUAAAUUCGCAAACUUAAGACCAUCUAUAGUAUAUACAUAUGUAUGUUAACUGUAUGUAAAUUUAGGGGUAGGGAGCACUGUGGAGGCAUUUGUUUAAUUUUGAGUAUAAGUAAACAUUUCCCAUAGUAUUCUUUAUUCAUAUUGGAAGGAAUUCUCAUUAUAUAUCAUUACUAAAAACUUCAAAGCCAUUCCUGAAUUUGAGUACUAGAAUUGACAUGUUAUGUACAAAAUCAAGAGAAAAAUGGUGAUCAAUAUGUAAUUUAAGAAAUGUGUAAUGAUGGACAUUACAUGCAGAAUGCUACAUGAAUUUUCAGAAACUCCUGUAUCAAAUCAUCUUGGUUUUCUUGAAGCAAACUUACACAUUUUUUAUAAGAUUUUGAGUUGAAUGGUUUCCUUGUACAGUAUGUUUAGAUUAUUGGUCAGUGGCAAACAUUUUAUUAUAUUUUUUUAUUUUAUUUUAUAUGAAGAUUUUUUAUUACAUAAAAUUGUUGCUUUAGGAAUAAAUGUGCCAGUUGGAUGAGAUUGGUCUAGUAGUAUAUGUGACUGCCUCUCGCCCCAACCAGCUCAACCAGGGGAACCUUUUUGCCUCCCUAAAUGGACUCCAGUUCUGGUUUCGACCCUAUAGGUAAUAGACUUGAGUUUGAAUUAAUAAGCUAUCACCUGUCAUAAUCAAGCCAAAAAGUGUUUGUAACAUGUUACAGGUAAUCCUACUACAAGCAUGUAUGCAGUGUUACAUGCAUGCAAUGUUUCAUAUCUUUAAUACAGUCUCAACUAAUACAUUAUUGUAUUUUGACUUUGAUAAGGUAUUUUCAUCAUAAUCAUAUUUUACAAUGAGGGCCAUUAGUUAAGAAUUUAUUCAUAUAAAUACUGUCUGUAUUACCAAGCUUUGUAAUUUUUAACAUUUCUUGGAACCAUUUACAUUGUAUGAUUGUUUCUCAUUUUAUCAUGAGAUGUUAAAACCAGGAAAUGAAAAAUGAACUUUGUGUGAACAGGGGAUUUUUAGCGAUGUUUGUGUUCUACAGACACAUACACUCAUGUGUUUAUGUUUUAUUGAUCUACGCACUGUUGUUUGCAAAUAAAUGUUUAAAAAAUG